AUGCCGUCGCGCCGAGGAGAGGACAGUGUCGCCCACGAGGCGUUCAAGUACUGUCGAGAGGGCGAACUCAUUUCCGUCCUCAACAGGGGCUCAUCGCCUGUUUUCUCGACCGAUAAUCAAGGCAUGCCUUGGAACGAGGGUACGGAAGAGUCGGUGCCGCUCUACUGGCCCGCUGCGCCCUUUGUGCUGGUGAUCGAGCGACAGACCGUCGGCCAGCAGGGACCUCCUCGGGGCGACCACCCUCUAGCGACAUUUUGA